AUGGAGGUUCUCUUUGUAUUUCUCUGCCGUCUUCACAAGAAGACAUUUAAGAUGGAAGAGCAGAUGGCAGGUUUUACGCCGGUUGAAUAUGGUCAGCCAUCUGUGGUGAAAGCGGUUCGAGGUAUUACCAUUAUCGAAGAACUGGAUCUCAACAAGCUUUCGAAAUCGUAUUUUGAGCCGAUAGCCGAGUUUGAGCAUCGGAAAUUUGGAUGGUUUUCAUGUUUUGGAGGGCAAAUACGCCUUACACUGAAUAUGGAUCGAUCGGCAUUUGUGUGUGGAGAGGGUAUGACAAUUGUUGGAAGAAUCGAGAACAAAAGUGACCGCCACAUAGAGAAGGUUAGCGCAUGUCUUCAGAGGAUAAUUCGUUUCGGUACCGAAAUUGACGAAAGUAAUGAGACUCCAUUGACCGACAUACAAGAGAUGCAAGAGGAUUUUCUGGCGAUGUCUAUCGAAGGAGGAUCAUGCAUCAAAAUCGAUAAGAAAAUCAACAUUCCACCUCUAGUACCAAGCACGCCUUUUCGAGAUUUACAACGUCGGGAUCAUCGUGAUGAACAUGGCAAUCGCUUUAACCUACGCAGGAGGUCCCUUGCCGUUGCUCGACGUUCGUCGAUGACAAACCAGCGGUCUCGUACCUCAUUGAGCUCACCAUCACAAAUUCAACGACUAAUGGCUGUCUCUUACAAAUACAUGAUAAUUGUAAAAAGUGGAGGUGAUGACGUUAUCGUCAUUAACGUUCCAGUUAUUAUUGGUUCGAAACCUCUGAUUGAUACAAUGGGUGCGGAUAAUCAAACGACAAGGGAUAUGAGUGGCAGUGCCGUGUACAGGCUGUGCAAACAUGAUCGAGCCAUUUCAUUACUGGACAGUAAAGAGCGAACACUGUGCAACAAAGCUCAACUACAACAUCUGAAUAUGUAUCCGUUCUAUUCGGAAUUGAGUACGUCGUCGAAACAGAGCAAAAAACUCGGCACCAUUGCAACGACGAUCCGGGCCGAGAACAAGGUGGUGAACACGUUGCUGCACACGAUGGUUGAGGAUCAUCAUGAGAGAUCGACGUCCGACUGCAAUGCUGUAACUGCUUUUGAUUCGCCACAUAUUAUUGACACCGAACGUGCACCGACGUCAGCCAACAUAUAA